AUGUCAUUUGGGCUAACAAAUGCACCGACAAUUUUUAUGGAUUUGAUGAAUAGGGUGUUCAAGCCAUUCUUGGAUGUAUUUGUGAUAGUAUUUAUAGAUGAUAUCUUGGUGUAUUCAAGAUCAAAAGAGGACCAUGCAAAUCACUUACGACAUGUAUUACAAGUUCUUCGUGAUCGGCGGUUGUAUGCCAAGUUCUCCAAAUGUGAAUUUUGGUUAAAAUCAGUGACGUUCUUGGGUCAUAUUGUAUCUGAUGAAGGAAUAAGGGUUGAUUCACAAAAGAUAGAGGCCGUGAAAGAUUGGCCAAGACCAAUAACAACCACAGAGGUUUGUAGCUUCCUAGGGUUGGCAGGUUAUUAUAGAAGGUUCGUUGAAGGAUUUUCUUCUAUUUCUGCACCUUUAACUAAGCUAACACACAAGGCAACUAAAUUUCAGUGGAAUGAUGCAUGUGAAAGAAGCUUACAAGAGUUGAAAAGCAGGCUAACUUUCGCACAUGUAUUAGUACUUUCGGAAGGCACAGAGGGGUAUGUAGUAUAUUGUGAUGCUUCAGGGGUUGGUUUAGGAUGUGUACUAAUGCAGCAUGAAAGAGUAAUAGCUUAUGCCUCAAGACAACUGCGGCCACAUGAGAGAAACUACCCAACACAUGAUCUUGAACUAGCAGCGAUUGUAUUUGCUUUAAAGAUAUGGCGCCACUAUUUAUAUGGGGUUCACGUUGACAUUUAUAUAGACCAUAAAAGGAAAGGAAGCGUAGUAGCCGAUGCUCUCAGUCACAAGACAAUAUCAAGUAUUAAUGAGCAAACCGUGGAAAAAGAAGGGAUGGUGAAGAAUCUACGUCAACUAGUUAGUUUGGGAGUUCGUCUUCUUGAAACCCCAAAAGAAGGGAUUGUAAAGCCUAAUGCGGCAGAAUCUUCAUUAGUAGUUGAGGUGAAAGAGAAGAAGUUCAAAGAUCCUACUCUACAACGACUUAAGGAGAAGUGGGACAUGAUCAACAUGGAUUUUGUCACUAGUUUACCUCGCUCGUUUCAUAAGUUUGACUCCAUAUGGGUAAUAGUUGAUAGACUCAACAAGUCAGCACAUUUCUUGCUAGUUAAGACAGAUUAUAUAGCUGAAGACUAUGCAAAGUUAUAUAUUAAGGAGAUAGUUCGGCUACACUGGAUUCAAAUCUCUAUUAUAUCUGAUCGAGGAGCUCAAUUCACUGCAAUGUUUUGGAAAUCAUUCCAAAAGAGUUUGGGAACACAAGUGAAUUUAAGUACAACCUUCCACCCUCAAACAGAUGGCCAAGCAGAAUGCACAAUCCAAACACUUGAGGAUAUGCUUCGAGCUUGUGUCUUAGACUUCAAAGGUAGCUGGGAUGAUCAUUUACCACUUAUUGAGUUUGCCUACAAUAAUAGUUAUCAUUCUAGUAUCAAAAUGGCACCUUAUGAAGCUUUAUAUGGAAGGAAGUGCAGAUCACCUAUUGGCAGGUUUGAAGUAGGCAAAACUGCUUUAUUUGGACCAGACCUUGUUUUUCAAGCUAUGGAAAAAGUUAAGGUGAUACAACAACAGCUAGCAACAGCUCAAAGCCGACACAAAUCAUAUGCAGAUGUUAGAAGAAGAGGAUUAUCAUUUUCUAUGGGAGAUUGGGUGUUCUUGAAAGUAUCGCCAAUGAAAGGGUUAGAGCUACCUCAGAAGCUUUCAGCAGUUCAUCCGGUGUUUCAUGUCUUAAUGCUUCGGAAGUGCAUUGGUGACCCAUCCUAUAUCACUCCUAUUGAAGAUGUACAAGUUACAGGGGAUCUCACCUAUGAAGAAGUAGCUAUUGCUAUUCUGGAUCGUCAAGUUAAAAAGCUAAGGAAUAAAGAAAUGGCUUCAGUAAAGGUGCUUUGGAGGAACCAACAAGUGGAAGAAGUAACGUGGGAAGGUGAGGAAGCGAUGAAAUCCAAGUACCCUUAUUUAUUUGAACCUAAAGGGGAAGUCCAAGGUGCAGAAUGGGGGCAUUAA